UUUUAGCGCAAUUGCGAAAAUGUUCAAGAGGACUCCUCCGCCCGCGUUGUUCGCAUUCCUUUCCUCAUUUCGCUCUCAUUCCUCUCAUUCUCCUUUGUUCACAAAGUUGCCUCCAACCUCGCUUCCACUACUCACACACAGCCAACAUUUACACUCGCUUGAAAAGCAAUCUCAAUCCACUAUCAUGGCAACUACUGAAGGAUCUGCAGCUGGUAACCCCCAUGCUGCAGGCGUAAUAUAUGUUGACGGCGUCCCUACCAAAGAGACGAGGCUGACCUUAGGAGGCGCCAUCUCAGUAUCUCCAAUGGCUAUUGGCACCUGGGCAUGGGGCGACUCCACAUGGGGUUACAAACCCGAGAUGUUUGACGACCUAGCGGCUACAUGGGACGCUCUUCAAGAUGAUUCGGGGAUCAAUUUUUUUGACACCGCCGAGGUCUAUGGCAGGGGCGAGUCUGAAAGGAUCAUUGGCCGUCUGCUAAAGAAAUCUUCUGCCGAGGGCAAGCCUAUCCCUAUUGUUGCCACGAAGUUCAUGCCAUUUCCUUGGAGACUGAGAUACCCCACCUCGCUGCUGAAUGCGCUCAAGAACUCGAUGGAACGGUUAGGUGUCGAUGUCGUGGACUUGCUUCAGAUUCACGGGCCCGUCUCUCUGAGGGGAAUUGAAAUCCUUGGGGAUGCGCUCGCCGAGUCCGUCAAGCUGGGACUGGUAAAGUCCGUUGGUGUCUCAAAUUACUCGAUUGACGAGAUGGUUCGUAUGCAUGCCGCACUGGCCAAGCACGGUAUCCAGCUCGCCUCAAAUCAGGUCGAGUUCUCGCUGCUGAGACGCCAUCCCGAAACCUCGGGUCUGAUUGCGAAGUGCCACGAGCUUGGGGUUGCUGUCUUGGCCUACUCUCCACUAGGCAUGGGACGUCUGAGCGGGAAAUACUCUGCUGAAAACCCUCCACCCUCAGGACGAAGGUUCUCGAAUUAUCCGAUGACGGAGCUCGUUCCCCUGUUGUCCGUUAUGGAAAAGAUCGCCAAGGCGCAUGACAAACCUAUGACAGCUGUGGCUCUCAACUACACGAUCUGCAAAGGCACCAUCCCACUAGGGGGUGCAAGAAAUCCCGAACAGGCGCGACAGAACGCCAUGGCCCUUGGCUGGCGUCUUUCGGAUGACGAAAUGGCAGAGCUAGACAAGGUGGCCAUGAUUGGAAGCACUGGCUUCUUCUGGCAGCAUGCUUAAGUUAGCACCUUCUAGACCGGCAUCGACUUUUUUGUACAGAACAUCUUUUAUCUAAUACACAGAUUGCUAUUUGAACAAGA